GUCCUCUUAUGGAAGUGCAGUAACACGAGACAAUGAGGCUCCGCAUAUUAUCUUAUGACUGGGAUUGUUCAUAGUGCGACAGGCCAACGAGUUUCACCGGACCUCACGGAAAGCACCAGCAGUCAGAGUGAAUGUCAGUAUGAGAUGUCGUCCCUCAGCGCCAGCUUCGUUCAGAUCCGUUUCGAUGACAUCCGCUUCUAUGAGAACUGUGGCGGUGGGAGUUUUGGGAGUGUGUAUCGAGCACACUGGGUCCCACAGGAUAAAGAAGUGGCUGUCAAAAAACUGCUAAAGAUUGAUGCCGAGGCUGAGAUUCUGAGUGUCCUGAGCCACAAAAAUAUCAUUCAGUUCUACGGAGCCAUUCUGGAAGCACCCAACUAUGGCAUUGUCACAGAAUAUGCCAGCAGGGGAUCGUUGUAUGAGUAUUUGUCCAGUGCUGACAGUGAGGAGAUGGAUAUGGAUCAGGUAAUGACCUGGGCGAUGGAAAUUGCUAAAGGAAUGCAUUAUUUACAUGCUGAGGCCCCUCUGAAAGUCAUUCAUAGGGACCUGAAGUCGAGAAAUGUUGUGUUAACUGCAGACAAUGUUUUAAAGAUCUGUGAUUUUGGAGCAUCUAAGAUGGUUUCUCACACGACACACAUGUCUUUGGUGGGCACUUUCCCCUGGAUGGCACCUGAGGUGAUCCAGAGUCUGCCCGUCUCUGAGACCUGCGACACCUACUCAUACGGCGUGGUCUUGUGGGAGAUGCUGACCAGAGAAGUGCCAUUUAAAGGUUUUGAAGGUUUGCAGGUGGCCUGGUUGGUGGUGGAAAAACAUGAGAGGCCGACCAUUCCCAGCAGCUGCCCCGCCAGCUUUGCAGACCUGAUGAGACGCUGCUGGAAUGCCGAACCCAAGGAAAGGCCACAGUUCAAACAGAUCCUGAGCACCUUAGAGACCAUGAAAAAUGACAGCAAACUGCCGGACCAGUGCAACUCCUUCUUACAUAACAAAGCAGAGUGGAGGUGUGAGAUCGAGGAGACACUGGAGCGCUUGAAGCAGCUGGAGAGAGAGCUGAGCUGUAAAGAGCAGGAGCUGGAGGAAAGAGAAAGAAGACUGACAGAGUGGGAAAACAGACUCAUGGAAAGAUCCCGAUCCUGCACCCCUCUGUUUUCCCACAUUUCCCCGCUGGCGGCGACUCUGAGCGCCGAGUCCUUCUAUGAGGCUCACAUGGAGGAGAGCAACAGCUCUGAGGUCAGUUGUCAGAUCUCAUCAUCCUGCAGUAACGGGGAUCUGGGCCAGAGCAGCCUGCAGAAGCUCAUGCUGGGGUUCGGAGGCGUGUUUGACCUGGAUAUGAACAUUCCCAGCGGGAACCUCGUCCGCCAGUCAGGGAUGCAGAUCAACAUGCAAGCCAAGAAGAAUUCCUCCAAGUCCUGCAGUGUCCGUGAGGGACGCAAAAUGAACAUGGCCAUCACCAUGGACGACUUCGGCUGGUCUGAUGACGACAGCGAUUAGGGGUCAGAGUUAGUACUUACAACUGUUUGAAUUAAACUGUAAAGAUUGGUCUGAAUAUUUUCAAACAUUGCUGCACCCAUGUGUGGUACUUUUCAGUGCAAAAAAAUAAGCGUUAUUUGAUAAAGAGCAGACACUGAAAAAAUGCUAAGGUAAGUGUUUGCAAAUGAUUUAUAUGGGCUGAGAUUAAACUAAUGAAUUAUAUUCAGUAAUGUUUAACUUAAUUUGUUUGUUUAAAUUCAGCCUACAUAAAUUGUUUGCAAAUCACUUACCUUAAAAAAAGGUUAGUAAAUCCAAUGAAUCAUUUUUUUUCAGUGUACCCUAUUAGCAGUUGGGCUGUUGUUCUGAAUAUACCGGCUAACUAGUACAAAUACCCCCUUUAAUAGCAAGCACGAUGAAUGAUACUGCAUUGUAAUGGGUUAGUUGUACAAGAUGUCGCUGUUGAGCUUUCGAGAGGUUGUUGCGAGAUCGGAUAUGAUUCCGGCCAGGAGUUAACGAGAAUUAUUUAAAUUAUUUAUUACAUUUCUCAUUUAUUGUAUUUUAUUAGCGUCUACCCC